AUGCAACCAACCUUUAACACUGAAAGUGAAGACAGCCAUGAUACACUGGUCAGAAAAAGGAAGAAAGAACAAGUUCAUAAAGAAAAAGAUUUGAGUGCAGUAGAUAGAAGAAUGAUUCAAUUUAUCGAUUCUAUGCAAAAAGAAGAAAAGAAAACCGAUGACAGCAGAAUUAUGUCAUUUUUCAAGAGUAUUGCUCCAACAAUAGAGAAGUUCAGUGACGAUGAAGUUGUCGAAUUUCAAUAUCAAGUUAUUUCAAUAUUACGGAAUUUUAAACAAAGAAAUAUAAAUAGCAACACAUCAGAAUCUCAAAGUAUACACCUGCAAGAAUCCAUCCAACUUCAGCCAACCUAUGACACUGAAGCUUAUGGAUAUUCUACUGCACCUGGACCUUCUAACGUGAGAAGCCAAUCUAGACUUACUACUUAUAGUUCCGAACUAGAAUUUGACUCUUACACUCGAGUUGGUCAAAGUCAACCCAGUGUGCAAUCCAGUAUGAGUGACGACCUCGACUUUGCGACGCUGAAUAAUUAA